UUAUAUAGUCUAGAUCUAGAAUAUUUGUGGAUAUUACUAGAGUAAAAUUAAUAGAGUAUUAGAGUAAUCUACUUGAUUUUGUAAUCAAUGCGUUUAGCCAAAUUAAAUCUAGAUUCUAUAUCUAAUCUAAUAAUAAGCUGGGUUUCACAUCUGAUAUAGUUUUACGGUAAAGACAGUCAAAACAUUGUUGAGUCAUGGUCUGAUGACUCUAGAUUUCAUAGAGGAGUUGGCAAAGAAAUUUUCAAGACAGUUAAUUUAAGUCUUGCUAAAAUGGCCUUUUGAUAUUGCAUUUUAGUUUUUAGACUAAAAAAUUUAGCUUUUUGACUUUCAAUCAAAUUUUUUUUUCGAUGAGUAUAUGCAAAUUGGAAAUAUACUAAAUGAAAAUAUGCUAUUAAUUCAAACUUAAUAUUUAGUUUUUAGAAAGAUUAUUUUACAUUUGAUCCCUUAAAAUAUGCCAUUUCUGAAACAUUAAUUCAUGGACGUUUUGGACUAAAUUGUGCUAAAAAAAAAGACAUUUAAUCACCAUGUCAGACCAUAACGAUUCUGUGGAGUCUAUGGACGAUGUUGACUUGCUGUGUGAUGAAAUGGAGAAUUUAACAGAAAUGCUUGAUAUUGAGGAUGUACCCUCAGCACUGAUCAUUGCUAAUAUUGAUAACAGUGUUUUUGAAGAUCCUGCUGCACAGACAACUUUUGAAAAUAUAUUCAAGGAAAUUGACAAAGGUGUUACUUUCAUUUACUUAAAAAACUUCAGAAGAGCCCGCCUUCAGUUUAUUUCUUCAGAAUUGGCAUCCAUAGCCAGGUUGCGUUACGAUGGUGUUUCAGUUUGUGGACAGAGUAUAAGAUGUUACUUUAUUCAGCAUGUCCGUCUGCAGAACUCAGACAGCAACCAUCUGCAACCACCAGCACCACAGAGAAUGUUUCUAAUUUCCCCUCCUGCCUCGCCUCCUGUUGGAUGGGAACCUGUCCCAGAGGCUGAGCCUAUUAUUAAUUAUGACCUUCUUCAUGCUAUUGCCAGGCUCAAUCCAGGUGAUGUUCAUGAAGUGCAUGCAUCAACCGUUGAAGCUCCGGCUAUUGUUGUGCAUCUUUGUGAAGAUCCUGAAGGUUACGAGCCUGGAAAAAUGAGGCAAAAAAUCACACAGACAAAAAGGCCUGAUGGCACCAGUUAAAGUCUAUGUAUAGUAAAUACUUUUUGAUUUUUUGUUUUCUUCAUUUGAAGCAACAGCAGAGAGAUAUUUUUUUUUUUGUUGGAUGUGAUUAGAAUACAGGAUUCUCCAUCUAAUUUAGUGUGCCUACAGAGAUAUGGAAUUAAUGUAAUUCUGGGGCAUAUUUAUCUACAUAAAAUUAAAUGUUUUGUACUCAGCCCUGCAAGGAUUAAACAUUUGAAUUGACAUUAAGCUCAGAUUAAAGUUGCAGGAUUGUCACUAGUUAAUUAGAAAUGUAUGAUUUGAUCCUGGGGGUACAGGAGUUAAAUUAUAAGAUUAUGCCAUUUUAUUUUUAGGUGGGAACAUUCUUAUUUGGCUGUGCAUAACUGUGAUUGGAUAAAAUGUUCAAAGCUAAUUAGAAAAAACUUUGAGCUGAGUAAAUAAUUAUUAGUCAAGAGUCAAUUCAUGAAUUUCCUUGUCAGAAUCUAUGAUUGUUCUCAUACAUCUACUUUUAUUCCCAACAUUGACAUUAUGUAAACAAUUGUAUUGUCUGAAUGUUUUAUCCUGAUAGUUUUUUUAAGUUUUAAAAAGAGUUCCAUCUUUUUAUUUCUGAUAUCUAUAAAUGUGAAUAUACCCAACAGUCAUUUUGAAGUAUAAAUUUUUGUUUUACUGAAUAGAAACUUAAGAGAUUGAGCAUGUACAUGCCUUUUUUUUUUUUUAAUUUCAUUAAUUAAAUAACAAUUAUGAGUCUUGUUAAUGUGUGAAAUUUAAAACCACUGGAACACUAUAGAAAUGUCUUAGUGCUCUUGCAAUAGUAAAGUUUUUAAAAUUUAUUUUAUGAAUACCAAUACAAUUUCACUCAGUUGAAACAAUUUGACUUGUUGCUCCACUGAAUGGCUGUCAAAAAAAAAAGCAAUCCUGUUGUAAAAUUUGUUAUAAUAUCUUGGUGUCUAGCUGAUAGCUGAUGGUGCUAGAUUUGUGUAUAUAGUGUAGCGCUGCGUAGAAGAGUUUGUUAUAUCUAAGUGCAGAACAUGUUAGUUGUUGUCAUUCCAUUAGAACUUAGAAGCAUUUCUUCAAAAUCUCUGUCACUUUGCGUCUUCCUCUGAACCCUUAUCAUUGCAUAAUCUAUUGAUGGCCAUUAGUUUACACAUUAAUUGAAAAAAAAACAUCAUUUUCUCCAUGAGGUUGUAAUGAGCUCAUUUGAUUUAUGCAACCAUUUCUGGGAGUUAGAAGACUUAGUUUCUUGUGGAUUUUAAACAAUAUUUUAGAUCUUAUUUAGAAGCUUUUUUUUUUUGUGAUUUUAUUUAGGGACCCUUGGUCAGAUACAUUAUGUAAAAUAAGCCCAUGACCAAAAAAUAAAGAAACUGGUUUUCUUGCAAAUAUUUUUUUUGGUUUACAUUGAUAAUUCAACCCAAUAUUGAAACUCUCCUGCAGACUAAAUAUAUUCCACUUACAGAUAGUGGUUUUAUUAUAUGUACACUAAUUUAUUUUUGAAGUAUAUAUUUUUAAAAUUCAUUUUUAACUUUCUUUACUGAAAUUAUUUCCAUUUUAUAAAUGACUUUUUGAAAGGUUAUCCAGUAAUCUUAACUUUUCAUAUCUAAAAUGUACAUGUUGCAAUUAUUUUUUUGAUAUAUAUCUAUAUUUUUUUUUAUUCAAAGAAUCUCUACUUUUACGUGGCUUAAUUAUAAAUGAAAUCUAAAAAAAUGUUUUUUAAAGUUUGUGCAUUAAAGUUUUGUUUUUACAAAAAUUGCUGUCACUGAUUAUCUUACUCUUAUACAUUGUUUGGUAACACAUUUACACUGUGCCAUAUGGAAACAAUGUUUUUUUUUACAGACAAUAACUUUAUAAAAUGACAUUUUUUACUGGUAUUUUAGCUUUUAAUGACCCUUUGUGAUAAACGUCUAACACAUUAAUGAUUUUUAAAUAUUUUUUUUUAUUUUAUUUUAAUUUUUUACAAAACAAAGGUGUCCAUAAUUUUUUAACAAUACAAAAUAUAAUAUCAAAUUUUAUAGAUUGUUCUUUUUUUCUUAUGUUGAAUUAUAUUCAAUUAAAAAGAAAUUAUUGAAAAUUAUGUUAGAACAUAAAAUGCUGUUUUUGCAUAAUUUGUCCUAGUGUUUGAUUUUUAUAGAGCUUCAUGCAACUAAGAUUUUUUAAAACAUUUUUUGUUUUGUUGAAUUGAGAUUAAUUUUCUUUUUUUUUUUUUAACUUUUCUUUUUCUUUCUGUAUUUUUAUCUCAAAAAGUCUUUGUUUCUUUGUGUAUGCUGUUAAUGGCCCUUAGAAUGAAACAGAAAAUUCCAUAAUGAAUUCUACAUGUUUUGAAGUGAUUCAGUAUUCAAUGCAGUAUUUAAUGUGGUUAUAGUUCCUCAUUAAAAAUCUACAUAAAAACACUUUUAUUAGUAAUUCUUAACAAAAAAAAUCAGCAGGUUUAAUAAAUAAAAAUUUAGAAUGUACUGAAAAAAUGCACACCUAAAGUUUGAAGCUUUUAAAUACAUUUUGCCUUCUUCUUCUAGCUUAACUUUUUGCUGUAGAGCUGUAAGCUGUUUUGCAGAUUGUACCAAGAAAAAAUAGUGUGCUGUUCUCUUCAGUUGUUCAGCACUGUCUCUCAUAGUGUUGGUUAUGUUGGGCUGUAGUGGUAGUAGGGUCUGCAUACGGUGAAAUACAUUGUGCCAGUAUAUGGAUCAUCUUAUUAACAUAUCAAUUAUAGAUUUUUCAAUUGCUCUUAGAAGAAACAAGAUGCUGUCAAAAGUGUCUUCAAAGUUUAAACUACAUUUAAUCUUUUGUGACUAGUUAUAAAGCACUCUCUUCUCUCUCACAUUGGAUCACAAUUUUUGUGUUACUGACCAUGUGGGGACCUUGACUGAGGAUAUAGAGCAUGUUUACAUUGGUCCUAUGAUACUUUCUUACAGUAUCUGUUGUACAGUAAACUAACACUAUGCCACCAGUAAAAUAAAUAUUUUAUCAUGUUAACUUUAAUUACACUGUUCACUUCAAAACCUUUUGGAUCUGAAUUUGUUGAAAUGCUAAACAUUAAAAAAAAAAAAAAAAAAGAA